AUCUGUGCAGAUUGAAAGACAGAUAUUGAAAUAGAUAGUUAGAUACCGUGGCCAUACCCUCCAUAGGAAUCAUAAUGUUAUUUAGUGACUCGCGCAACGCACGGUGCAUAUAGUUUAUAAUUUACUAUUACUACAUUCAAAAUCGCUUUUCUUGGUAGAAGCUUUUAUUACAUGAAUAGACAACACUGAAAGAAAGAAAAAAAAACUCUUUCAAGUUUCUGUGUCCAAGAAGCGUUGUGUCAAUUUGGGGACUAAAUUAUUCCUCAUUCAUCUUGCUCCAAAUCACAUUGUUAAGGUAGUCAUGGAUUCAUAUGAAGUGAAUAGGGAAGUAGCGGUUGAUGAAAUUGAUAUGAUUAGCACAUUACACGAAAGCAUUCUCGGUCACAUCCUAUCUUUCAUUCCAAUCAUAGACGCUGUUCGCACUAGUGUCUUAUCAAGAAGAUGGAUUGAAGUUUGGACAUCAAUAACAAGCCUAAAGUUGGAUGAUAGUUUGCUCCAUUAUGACAAGAAGUUGCAAAAACAACAGUUUGUGAAUUUUGUUGAAAAAGUGCUUUUUCAUUUAAGUAAUUCAAGCAUCCAGAGUUUCUCUCUUUGCUUAACUAGUUACCAAUAUGAUGCAUCUCUGAUAACUUCAUGGAUUUCCUUUAUCUUAGAAAGACGAGUUCAAAAGCUUCAUAUUCAGUAUGCUGAUAAAGUUUUCCUUUCUUCAAAUUUACUCUUUAGUUGCAAUUCUUUAGUAGAAUUGGUACUUCAAAUGAAAUGUACUCUUAGUCUUCCCAUAUCCGCUUCUCUCCCAAAUCUUCAAAAAUUUAGCAUAUCCGGGAUUAAAUUAGUCAGUGAUUCUUCCGAUUUUUCAAAAGAUAUAACUCUUAGUUUCCCAAUUCUUAAAGUGUUUGAAGCUAGAGGGUGUGAAUGGUCAACUACACAGAACAUUAGUUUACAAGUACCAUUACUUGAGAGGUUUUCCAUAGCAAUAUGGAACCGUCAAUCGAAUGAAUCAUGUAAUUUUUCCAUCAAGGUUUAUAGUCGAUGUCUAACGGAUUUCUCUUAUGAGGGCGAUCUUGAACAGGAUAUCGUUCUAUGUGAUUCUUCGUUGAUUCGUAAUGCUUCUAUCGUGAUUGUUGUGGAUGACGACAAGGAGGACAGAAGGGAAAAACUUGGGUUUCAAGCCUGUAAUCUUCUCAGACAAAUCCAUAACGCGGAACAACUGAAGUUAUUGUUUUACAAGGUUUUAAGACAUGCUAAAGAUGUUUUCACCAACCUGCCUGUAUUUGGAAGGUUGAGAUAUCUGCAGCUAAAUGAAGUCAAUGGUGAAGCUUUGUUACAAUUACUCACCAAUUCGCCAAGUCUUAAUACUCUUGUUUUGCUCAAUGGAGUAGCUGACUUAGAUAAAGAUGUCUUUACUUCUGCAGUGGUGCCUCACUGCUUUCUGUCAUGCCUCAAUGUGAUUCGGUUUAAAGGUUUUAAUGCAAACGAUCAUGAUCUUUGUCUGGUAAAAUUCAUGUUAGCAAAUGCAGCAAUGUUGCAGAAGAUAACGAUCUCGCCAGCAUUUUGGCUGCGAUAUGCAGAUAUUGAUUUGGAAAAUGUUAAGGAGCAGAUUCUCUCAUUACCAAUGUGUUCUAGCUUUUGCAAGAUAGAGUUUUCUGAUAUCAGAAGUUGAUGAAGAUUUUCAGAACACCACAAGAAUAUUUGUGCCACAACUGUUUAAUGUAUUUAUUUAGUUUUAGUGUAAUGCUUUACACUACAUUAUAGCAAUGCAAAAUGUAAGAGGUGUUUCUCUUCAUUCUGUUGGAUUUCUAAUAGUGAGUUAUUUAUCAUUAGAAUGCAAUGAGAAUGUUACUGUAUCCUGUAUUGUAUUGCAAUGAUAAAUUUAAUGAAAACUGAUUUGUAUCUCAACAAGAAAAUAUAUAAGGGAACCACUGUCAGUAUAACUUUGUAUCA